AACCUUUCGAAAUCGAGGUCGUGUCGAUUGUAGAAACUAGAAAUCUGUUUCCACGUGCGUCGGCCGAGUUGCAGCCAGUCUUUCUAAGAUUUCUAUAAAACCGAAAUAAUGGCAGAACAAGUAGAACGUGCGUUCCAGAAGCAGCCGUACAUCUUCUUGGCCAAGAAAGUCGGGACGAAGAAGACAAAGUCGCUCCGCCGCGUCAAGAACGUCGGCCUCGGCUUCAAGACCCCGAGGGAGGCGGUCGAAGGCACUUACAUAGACAAAAAGUGCCCGUUUACCGGCAACAUUUCCAUCCGAGGCCGUAUCCUCACAGGGACCGUGCAGAAGAUGAAGAUGCAGAGGACGAUAGUCAUCCGUCGAGAUUAUCUCCAUUACGUCCGCAAGUACAAUAGGUUCGAGAAAAGGCACAAGAAUCUAUCUGUCCACCUGUCUCCUUGCUUCCGGGACGUCGAAAUCGGCGACAUCGUCACCGUCGGUGAGUGCAGGCCCCUCAGCAAAACCGUCAGGUUCAACGUGUUGAAAGUCUCUAAAGGAACCAGCUCGAAAAAAGCAUUCAAAAAGUUCUAAUCCCAACUCUUUUUCAAUGCCUUUUUUUUUUUUUUUUUCAAAAGUUUAGCUAA